GGGAUGGUGCUGACCCGGGGGAGGGCCGUAUUCUUCGACUGGGACGACGAGCUCCUCCACACGACUGGGGGUGGGAACCGCCGACCCGGCGAGAGGAAAGAAUGUACUUUUAACAAGAGUAAAUAACUGGAAGGAAAAGAUUCUCUAAUUCAUAUAUUAGGAUGAAGUUUUGAUCAGAAGAGUGACAUUUCUAGCUUUAUCUUCUGUGUGUAAAGUUAAAAAUGACUGAAGUCCAAGCAAUGGUAGAAUUCUCUGUGGAGCUACACAAGUUCUACAAUGUUGAUUUGUUUCAAAGAGGUUUUUACCAGAUUCGGGCAUCAAUGAAACUUCCUCCAAGAAUUCCUCAUAGAUUAGAAGCUAGCUUGUUACAUGCGGCAGGUCUGGAUCUAGCCUUUCCAGCUUCUGUUCAUGACAAUGUAAUUUGCAGUAAAAUAUUUCAAAUUCUUUACAAAAAUGAAGAAAUUGUUAUAAAUGAUGUUAUGAUCUUCAAAGUUAAAAUGCUAUUGGAUGAAAAAAAGAUUGAAGAAUCCCUUGAUGAAAUGAAUUUCCUGUUAUCUUUAGAUCUACACUUCACAGACACAGAUUAUUCGGCAGAUGACUUGAACUCCUUGCAACUAAUAAGUAGCCGAACAUUGAAGCUGCACUUUAGCCUCCAUAGAGGCCUUCAUCAUCAUGUUAAUGUUAUGUUUGAUUAUUUCCACCUUUCUGUUGUGUCUGUUACAGUCCAUGCUUCUUUAGUUGCACUACACCAGCCACUAAUAAGCUUUCCUCGUCCUGUGAAGAACACUUGGUUAAAUAGGAAUGCACCAGCACAAAGCAAGGACUCUGUGAUUCCUUCUCUUGAAAGCGUGGUCUUUGGUAAUAACUACUCAAAACAGUUAGCUCCAGAUGGAUGCAGUUUCAUGAUUGCAGAAUCCUUCUUACAUCAUGCCUACAAUUUCCAUUACACACUUUGUGCCAGUUUGCUGCUAGCAUUCCAGGGAUUGCACAGCUACUUCCUAACGGUAACACAAGAGCUUCCCUCUUGUCACAGAAUAGAUCUGGCCAAGGCCAGCAUGCACGUCCUUUACGAGCGCCUUCUCGGAAGAAAAUGUCCACGAAACCAGAAAGACACAAAUCUAGAAAAAAUAGAUGUAGAAGAUCGCCUUACCGAAUUAUGUGAAGAAGUAAAGAAAAUGGAAAAUCCUGAUGAACUGGCAGAACUCAUAAAUAUGAAUCUUGCACAGCUUUGCUCACUUCUAAUGGCACUAUGGGGACAGUUUUUAGAAGUUAUAACAUUACAAGAUGAAAUAACAGCAUUAUUAGCACAAGAACAUCAUACAUUAAGGGUACGCAGGUUUUCUGAAGCAUUUUUCUGUUUUGAACAUCCAAGGCAAGCAGCCCUUGCCUAUCAAGAACUCCAUGCUCAGAGUCAUCUACAGAUGUGCACAGCUAUCAAAAACACUUCCUUCUGCAGCUCUCUUCCACCUCUUCCUGUUGAAUGUAGUGAACUCGAUGGAGAUCUCAAUUCAUUACCUAUAAUCUUUGAAGAUAGGUAUUUAGAUUCUAUUACUGAAGACUUAGAUGCACCCUGGAUGGGAAUUCAGAGUCUUCAGAGAUCAGAGUCCAAUAGAAUGGAUAAAUUUGAGACUGAAGAAAGCCCUGUAACUGGACUUUCUAGCCCAGAGUUGAAAAUCAGACCUGCUGGUGCCUCCAAUAUAUUGUAUACAGAAGGUGAAAAGCAGCUCACAAAGUCUCUAAAAGGAAAAAAUGAAGAUUCAAAUAAACCCAAGGUUAAGGUUACUAAACUGAUGAGAACUAUGAAAACUGAAAACACCAAAAGAGUAAUAAAACAAAACUCUAAGGACUCUGUGGUUUUGGUAGGCUACAAAUGUUUGAAAAGUACAGCAUCAGAGGACCUCUUUAAAUGCUCUGAAGGCAAGCCUUCACAUAGCCAAAAGGAGGGUCUGGAUCCCACAAUCAGGGCAUUUAAUUAUGAGACAAAGACCUGCACCAGACAGACAAGUCAAAAAGAAGUUGGCUUUUUGCCAGCUGACACAGACAGAACUGAACAAAAGCCUACAAAAAUUGAAAGUAUACAGCCAAACCAAUUUUCCUCUUUGAACUUUGGCAGCCUAAAUCUUUGUGCAAAUUUGUCCAUUUCAGGUAAACUUGAUAUCUCCCAGGACGAUAAUGAAAUUACACAAGUGGAUCACAGUCUGGCAUCUGGAGGGUCAUCGGAUGUUUGCCAUGAUCAUCAUACAACUGAAUCAACAGGAGUUAGGACAAUUGAAGUAAAACCAAGGAGUAAAAAUCCUUUCAGGGGAGAGAAAGUAACUGUCACAGUAGGGGUAUGGACAGAAUCUCAGCAAGAUGAAAUAUUUUUGGAUAAUUCUCAGUUACCCAACUUUCAGUCUGUAGUAGCUAGUGAUAAAUUUAAAUCUAUAGAAGGAUUAGUUUCUGAAAAGGAAACUGUACAAGAAACAAAGUGCCGAUGUGUUGGAGAUUCUCUAAGUAAAUUAAAAAGUAAUCCAUCUAGUCUUUCUGCAAGAGAAUAUCAUGUUGCAGUAAGUACAGAUACAGUUAAAUUACCAGAUGUUAAUGUCACAUAUGCCUCCUCCAGAUUUUCAGAUUCAGGUGUUGAAAGUGAACCAAGUUCUUUUGCAACACAUCCAAACCCUGAUGUAAUAUUUGAAACCAUACAAGAAAAAGGUGCUAAUACUGAAAGAAUGUAUUCUCAGUUUUUGCUAAAACCAGAUUCUAACAUAAAAAUUUCAUUAGAAAGCCAUUGUACAGAGAGUACAAGUGCUUUAAGUGAAAUACAGUCAUCCUUGACAUCCAUAAAUUCUUUACCUUCGGAUGAUGAUGAACUGUCACCUGAUGAAAAUUCUAAGGGAUCUGUUGUACCUGAGUGCCAUCUAAGUGAUAGUAAAACUGUGUUAAAUUUAGGAAUGAUUGAUCUGCCAAAAUACGAUGAUGACAAAAAGUCAAGUAUUAUUUUGCAGCAGCAGAGUGUCAUAUUUUCAGGACUUUCAGACACUGAGCCUAUAGCUGUAAAUUCCUUACAUUCAAAUAUAAGACAUUCAUUGCAGAUGGUUGCUUCAGUUGAAGAUACCUCUAGUAGCCACAGUUCACAGGCAAACUUUAACAUGGUGGGUAAGGAUUCUCAAAGUCCUAAUGAACCUUUUAUCUCUACAGAGAAAGUGACUACACUAAAGUCAGAACUUAUUUAUUUGGGGGCCACUUGUGUUGAUACAGGUUCAAUUUCUAAUAAUGCAGAGUUUAGUGAAGAUAGACCUCAUGAAGAAAAAUUAGACCUCAAACAAAUGGUUACAGAAUUACCAAUAGUUAAAAAGGAAGCUCACACAGGCACAAAUGACCUUUCAUCAGCCAGCAGUACUGAUAUGGUAAAACAGGGGUUUGUGGAGAAUUAUUUUGGUUCUCAAAGUAGUACGGAUAUUUCUGAUACAUGUGCUAUUGACCACAGCAAUCCAGUUAGCCCUCAGAAGGAAAUUUCUGAAAAAGACAUGAUUAAUCCUCAACAAGAGGAAGAGGAGGAAGAGCAGGAUCAAGAAAUGGUUCAAAAUGGGUAUUAUGAGGAAGCAGACGAUUCAGUUUUGGAUGGAGCAGUAAGUGCUCACUUUAAGAACAAUCAUGGGCUAGCAGAAGAGAAAUUUCUCCAAGCUGAAAGAAUAAACAGUGAAUAUCUAAGGGAUGGUAUAAAUAUGCCUGCUGUGUGUACUCCUGGUUGUUUGUCUUUCCCAUCUGCACCAAGAGAGUCUCCUUGUAGUAUUAAAUGUUCUUCUAAAAACAAAUUUGACGCAAUCACGAAACAACCAAGCAGCACUUCAUACAGCUCUACUUCAUCAAUUUCCUGGUAUGAAAAUUCACCCAAACCUCAAAUACAAGCUUUCCUUCAGGCAAAGGAAGAAUUAAGACAACUUAAGCUACCUGGAUUUAUGUACAGUGAUGUUCUCCAGCUGGCUUCCUCAAUACCUUAUUUCAGUAUGGAAGAGGAUGAUGGUUCAGAAGAUGGAAUACAUCUCAUUGUCUGUGUCCAUGGUUUAGAUGGUAACAGUGCAGACCUUAGAUUAGUUAAAACAUAUAUUGAACUUGGACUUCCUGGAGGACGCAUAGAUUUUCUUAUGUCUGAGAGGAAUCAGAAUGACACCUUUGCCGAUUUUGAUAGCAUGACUGAUCGCCUUCUUGAUGAGAUAAUACAGUAUAUUCAGAUUUAUAGUUUAACAAUUUCAAAAAUCAGCUUUAUUGGACAUUCAUUGGGCAACCUAAUAAUCCGUUCAGUGCUUACAAGGCCUAGGUUUAAAUAUUACCUCAACAAACUUCACACCUUUCUGUCUCUGUCUGGACCACACCUUGGUACCCUCUAUAAUAGCAGUGCUCUUGUGAAUACAGGUCUCUGGUUUAUGCAAAAGUGGAAAAAGUCAGGUUCUUUAUUACAACUGACAUGUCGAGAUCAUUCAGACCCCAGGCAAACUUUCUUAUACAAACUCAGUAAGAAAACAGGUCUUCAUUACUUCAAAAAUGUAGUAUUAGUAGGCUCUCUGCAGGAUCGUUAUGUUCCUUAUCAUUCUGCCCGUAUCGAGAUGUGCAAAACAGCUUUAAAGGACAAGCAGUCAGGACCAAUUUAUGCUGAAAUGAUCCAGAACCUCCUUCUCCCAGUUCUGCAAAGCAAGGACUGUAAUUUGGUUCGAUACAAUGUCAUCAAUGCGUUGCCCAAUACAGCAGAUUCACUUAUUGGGAGAGCUGCACAUAUUGCUGUUCUUGAUUCAGAAAUAUUUUUAGAAAAAUUCUUUCUGGUUGCUGCUCUAAAAUAUUUCCAGUAGCAUAAAAGCAUUGUUAGAGACGUGGCAAUUACCUCAUUCACCAAUAAAUCAAAUAAUGUGUGAUAUUAAACUGUAGCUGCCGCUGUGUUUCAAGAAAUAUUUAUACUUUUUAUAUGGAAGAUAAUUUAUAUCAUCCAUAUGUAGAGCUUUUUAAAUAUCAAUUUUACUUUUUAGGUAAUGUGGCUGUGCAAUAUUUUUUUAAGUUUAUUCUUUUUACUUUUCUAUUACUUUUUCUUAUAUUUUUGGUACUUAAUUAUUCAGAGUGAAGAUUUAAACACAGUAUGUAUAUUUGGUUGUUUAUUAUUGAUUUCCAUCUGCAAGAGUUCCUACAUAUGCCUAUAUUAUUAGAAGCUAUUAUUACUAGAAUCACUUUGGUUUUUAAAUUCUAACAUUGAGGUAUUAUGCAGUCAAUCAUGUUGAAUUUUACUUAUAGUUUUAGAAUGUUUUAACUGGAAAUACAGUUAUGGCUGCUAAUAUAUCAUACAUUUUGAAAACUAUCUGUGGGUUCUGAAAUUGACCAUUAUUAUGAGCAUCCCACGUAGUUUGUUCAUACUUCCAUAGUGUCCUAAAGGUUUUCUACAAAAAUCAUUGUUGUCAUUAUUCUUAAACAUAUGCCAUAUCUGUAGAAAUGUAUUUUCUACAUUUGAUCUCAAAAACAUAUUGUUUUACAUAUUUACUUUUCUUACUGGAACUUUUCAUGUUCAGAAGCUAGCAGCAUUUAAGGGUUUUUGAAUGUUUGAAUGACUGCUGCCUUGAUUUAGUUGGAAUUUUGCUAAAUUUGGUAACAUUGCUUGUAUUCCCUGAAUACAUUUCUUUAAAUUAACUUUUUUCAUGAACUUCCUUAUAUGUACAUAAAAUUACUAAAUGUUAAAAUUUCUGCAAUACUUUUAUGAAGUUAGAUAAUUUUUAAAUAUUGUUAAAAGAUUUUAUUGAAAUACAAAAUACUGUAAAUAAAAUAACUCAUCUUGAAAUGGAACAAAGUUAUUAACUUUACAUGUUUGGUAAUACAGAUACAAAUGUUUUUGAUAAUAUGAAAAUGUUUAAAGGUCUUUUGACUUUUUACUGGUGCUGAGUAGCAUAAUAAGUUCAGUAUUUUUCAUUUCCCCUUUUACUUGUUCAAAUGAUAAUGCACUAAAGUGGAUAGGAAGUGGAAGUUCACUAAUUGUGACAAGCAGAAUUUUUAAAGGAUAAUUUGUUGUAUGACUAAUGCAUGCUUAUUUUUAGCAUUAUGUUACUGCAUCUGGCAUUAAUAAAAUUAAUGUAUGGCUCUAUUAGAAGCAGUUAAAACAACUGAAAUCUCUUGCUAAUUUUCAUAAUGCAAAGAGCAGAUAUGUAUAUAUACCAUUUAAAGGCAAUGUCAAAUAAUUCUCCAGUUUAGCAUGAUUUUAUAACAUAUAAUCUAUGUAAAAUGUUUUUCCCCUUGAUUUGCCAAGUUGUAUAUGUAUGGAAUGGAAAGAUACCUUAAUGAUGCUGCUAAAUAGCAUUUUACUUUUUUAGAUAUAUUUGAGAAAUUCAUCAAUUCACUAAACAGUUUCAUGAUAUUUUCAUAGAGAUUGGUUUUUCAUUUUCAUACUACCUCAGUCCUGAGUUUAGAGUAGUGGUUCUGCUAAAUUUGGAUAUGGUCCUAGUAUUGUAUAAUUUUUCUUAUAAUUGACCACUUAACACUUGAGAGAACUUAUAAUUUUUCUCAGUUUGUCCAAAGAUAGUUCAAAGUUGGAUGUCAACUAUUUUUCUUUUUUUUUCCCAUUUUCUUUCAGUUUAAGGACCUAUCUAUAAAACAAUCUUUGUUUUUAAAAAGUGACAUUUCAACACUUUGUAACUUUAAUUGCUUUAAAACAUACUUGGUCUUCAGGACCUGAGGGUAAACAUACUUUGAUCUGUGUUGAGCCUAGAUCAGUGAAAUAACCCCCAGAUUUAGUUUGGAGAAACUUUUCAUUAUGACCAUAUAAUAUUUUUAAAGAACCCUCUAUGACGUGUUUUUAAUGGCUCUACAGAAUAGGAAGAGAGAGACUUCAUAUCUAACAUCAUCCUAUUUGUCUUAGAGACAUUUGGAGAUAAAUGAAAUGUGAUUUAGUAGGCUUUUAUCAUAGUUUGUAGGCUUUAUCAUUAUAGGUCCUAGGUUGAAAUCCUAGCUCUGCUACUUAAUACCUCUGUGACCUUGGAUGAGCUGGUUAAGGAAACUGAGGGACAGAGAAAUUAUGUAUAAAAUGAGAGGGUUGGAUUAGAUACAUUCCAGUUCUAAAUCUAUGAUGAUGUCAGUACUAUAUUGCCCUCCAAAAUGUAAAAAGUCUUCUUGAAGCAAACUCUAAAGGCCAACAGAGAUUGGUAAUUUUGUGUAUCAGAAAAUAGCUAUAAUAAAGCAUGGUUAGGUUCUGAAUUUUUUCUUAUUUAGCCAAGUCAUAUAGGCAGAGCUGUAAUUAGGAAUUUUUGCACACUGGGCAAGUACCACACUGCCUAGGACAAACUUUCAAAUGCACUCAUAGUUGAAGAGAAGGUGAGUAGGAAAUGGGGCCACUACAUAGCACCAGAACAAGAAGAAUAGGGGAGAUGUACACCUUACCCUACAAUCUUCCAGCUUCUAUCUUAAAUUAUUCUUGCUAACAUAGGAAUCAUCUGUUGAUGCUGAUCUGUUUAAGGACUCUAGGUUCUGUUAUUGUGCUCAAAAUUUGGUGCUCUCUAAAUUCAUCUUGGGAAAAAAUUCCUGUGUUCCCCACCCACCCUUGUUACAGCUUUGGAGAGGAUCUUAUUGACCUUCACAGGAGAGAACUUACUGAAAUUAAGGACCAUGUCUUUUUUGUAUCCCCCAUAGUACCUGUCACAGUGCUUUGCAUAUAAUAAG